GUAAACGAUACUCUCAGGGGUCAAGCGAAUGGCUAUUUGUGAAACCAAAAGGGCAGCUAGUCUAUUUUUGAAAGAAUCAUUAAUGAGUGAUAAAGUUGAUAUAAUUUUUGCUUUUUAGUCUAUUUAUGAAAAUUUCCCUAGAAAAAGGAUAUUUUGACUGCAUUUUAUAAUUUUGGUCAAAUUAGACUUUGUUCUUCUGUUCAUCUCCAUCUCCAUCUAGUCGAAAUUUGUAAAGGAAGGGGUGCGAGUGCAGUCAAAUAUCUCCGUGCAAAAUCCAAUUAACUUUAUUCGUGAAGAUUCUCAAAACAAUCAACCUGAAGAAGGCAUGGCGAACAAAGUAUCAGAGCAAGAAUGGGGGCAGCGAGCAUGGGACUUUUUAUCAGCUGUCCGCCAUGGCUCACCCUUAGUUCAGUGCAUCACCAAUUUCGUAUCCAUGGACUUCAUGGCCAACACGCUGUUAUCUGCCGGCGCCUCACCGGCGAUGAUCCAUUCCGCGGACGAAAUCCCCGAGUUCACUCCCAAGGCGCAUGCCCUCUUAGUAAACAUGGGUACGCUUACUGCCGACUGGCUUCCCGGCAUGAAAUUGGCGGCACAGGUUGCCAGCCAAUCAGGAAAGCCUUGGGUUCUGGACCCUGUCGCUGCCGGUGUAUCCAGUUUCCGGUUGAAUGCUUGCUCAGAGCUUCUGGGGCUUAGACCGUCUGUUGUUCGAGGAAAUGCCUCUGAGAUACUUGCGCUUUCAAAAGGUUCCGUCGAUUCUAUUUCUAAGGGUGUGGACAGCGUUCAUGAAUCAAUGGAUGCAUUAGAAGCAGCUAAAUCUCUGGCUCAGUCAAGUGGAAGUAUAGUGGCAGUUUCUGGAGCCAUCGAUUUUGUCACAGAUGGAAAAAGGGUUGUUGGGGUGCAAAAUGGGGUGCCACUGCUUCAAAAGAUCACUGCGACGGGUUGCUCCGUGACUGCCCUAAUUGCUGCUUUUGUUUCGGUUGAUCCUAUGCGGUCUUUUGAAGCCACAGUUUGUGCUUUUUCUAUAUUUGGGAUUGCCAGUGAGGUAGGGAUGGAGUCAUCCAAAGGUCCAGCUUCCCUGCGUACAAACUUGAUUGAUUCACUUCAUGGUCUAGAUGAAGAUGCCAUUCUUUCUCGGAUAAGCAUUGACAACUUUUGAAAUCUCAGAUGGACAGCAGUUUGAACAUGAAAUAUUUGUAUUAUUAUUCAAUAUUCUACAUAAUUUUAAUUAAUAUUUGAUGUAGGAUGUUUUUACAUAGAUUAUAAUUUGCUGGUUUGGUCUGUUCUGGUCUGAUCUGGUCUGGGACAGAUUACAGUCCAAGUAAAAACAUCCAUAGUACUACUAAACCUACUAGAAAUCUCUAUAUAUUUUCGCUUCAAUAUAUUUAAAAGAAAUACGGAAAACUUAACACCGU